AUGAUUUCUUGCAACUAUACUAAUUUUCACAGUUGUUUGCAGGCCUGUAAUAGUGAAGAGGAUGGUUUAUUUGCUUUUGACUUGCAUAGUGACGGUGAAAGACAAAGGAACUUAAACGCCACCAAUGGCUCGUUAGGUACAAAUGGCUCGUUACUAGGAUUUUCCUCAAGAAAUUCCCCUUACUCUUGCAUUCAGAUGAACGAGCGGAAGGUAUCCACCAUCGACGAUGAGAUUGCUUUCGAGAAUAUCUACAGAUACAUGGGGCAGAAACAGCUUAUCAUGGCUGUUGAAGGAAUGGCCGCCAUGGGCCCUCACUGGUUUACCAUUCUUUUCAAUUACCUCGACAAGAAGAUUUGGUAUUUCAAUUACCCGUACUCUUGCGUAGUUCAACGGAGUGGUUGGACUAUGCACAUUGACAUAUUCUUUCAGUGGCUUUCAGCUAUACCUUUUUCGAGUCGUGGUUUCAAUGAUGCUGCUAUCUCAGAAGGUUUAGCUAAAGCUCUAAUGAUGUUCUCUGCUACAAAUGGAAACCAAACUCUAAGUGUAGAUGGGCUAAGACAAUGCAUUCUUGUUGCUGCAAGUAACCCUUUUGUUUCAUAUUGA